UGGAGUUUUCCACUUGGAGCUGUCAAAAGUGAAAUCGACAAAGAAAAGUUUUAUAAUCAUGUUUAAAUUAACUCAAGCUAACAAUAUACUUGAUAAUGAUUAUUUCAACAGUUGAAUGAUAUAUUUGGAUUAAAUUUACAAAAUGACGACCGAAAGCUUUUAUUAUACGAACUACACUUAUGACAUGCCUAGUCCAGAAACAUGUAUAAGGAUUCCAAGGAAUAAUGUAACAAUUAUACCCGAUUUUUAUGCUGGAAUUCCAGCAAAUUUAUUACUAAAUUUCAUAGGCUUCUUUAGUUUAGUUAUUUUAUUUGGAUUGCUGCGUAAAAAAGCAUGGAAUUAUGGACGACUUGCACUUUUGCAUAAAUCGGACAAUCGAUGGAUGGAAUUAUUUUAUGGUGAUAAUGAGAUAUCAGAAGGUGAUGUUGUAUUAGCUGAAUCCUCAGCCAACGCACAAUUAUCUCAGAUUGAUAGAGGAUUUGUUUCAUGGAUCGUUACAGCUUUUAAAGUAACUGAUAAAGAGCUGUUAAAACGAGCUGGCCCAGAUGGUUUGCUCUAUAUUUCUUUUCAGCGACACCUGAUUAUACUGACGUGUAUGAUGACGGCUGCUGCCUUGUGUGUGGCCUUACCGAUUAAUAUGAGUGGUCGUAUGCACGGUGUCAAUGAAACAUUUAGUCAUACUACCUUAUCUAAUUUGGAUUCUGAGUCAUCAUGGAUGUGGCUAUAUACUAUCAUUAUUAUGUCUUAUCUUCCAAUUGGGAGUUUUGUUAUGAGACGGUUUAUGAAACAGGUCCGAGAAGCAAGGUCUGCUGGAGAAUUGGCAGCUCGAACACUGUUGAUCAGUGAAAUUCCAAAACAUCAAUGUAAUGUGGAAAGCUUAAAAGAAUAUUUCAGAGAAGCAUUUCCUAUGCUUACUGUAGAAGAUGUUACUCUGGCUCAUGAUAUUAAAAGAUUGUCAGCUUUGGAAGCUCAACGAGAUUGUGCUGAACAAGCACGAUUAUAUUGUGAAAAUUAUAAUAAAAAAAAAGAAGCCUUAAAGUUAUACCCUUAUCCUUGUGGUCAAGUUGUUGGAUGUUGUUGUAAAACCGUAAGAAGUAUCGAUGCCUUGGAAUUUUAUACUGCUGAAGAAAUUCGAUUAACGGCCUUAGCAGAAGAAGAAAAAAGGGUUUCGUUAAGUAAACCUCUGGGUAUUGCGUUUGUUACAUUAGGUACUCCGGGAGCUGCUAGAACUAUGCGAAGACAAUUACGUUCAGCUCCAGCAAUAAAAUGGGUUGUAAACUAUGCUCCAGCACCUUCUGAUAUUUUCUGGGAAAAUUUAAGCAUACCAAGAACAUGUUGGUAUUUAAAUGCAAUUGCGAUAAACGUUGCUUUAUACAUCACAAUAUUUUUUGUUACUACUCCUGCUGUUGCAGUAUCAGCUUUGGAUAAACUUCAAAUAACUCCAGAAAAAAUGAAGCUUAAUCCAGUAAUUUCAUCGUUCCUUCCAACAGUAGUGCUUGUGAGUGUCGCGGCUGCUAUGCCAGCCUUAGUUGGAAAAAGCGAGUCCCUUGUCAGACAUUGGACAAGAAGUGGUUUGAAUAAUGCAGUGAUGAGAAAAACUUUACUUCUGUUAUUACUCAUGGUACUCAUUUUACCAAGCUUAGGAUUAAGUAGUGCUCAAGCAGUUCUAAAUGGACCAAUUUUUGGCAAUACUACUAACAUUAAGUGGGAAUGCAUUUUCUUAGCUGAUCAGGGUGCAUUGUUCGUAAAUUACGUCAUUACAGCAUCGUUACUUGGUUGUGGACUGGAGCUUGUACGAUUUCCCGAGUUAGCAUUAUACACUUUUAGACUCUGUAUUGCAAGAAGUCGAGCUGAACGUGUUUAUGUAAGAAAAGCAGUGUUAUGGGAAUAUCCUUUAGGUGCACAUUAUGCGUGGUUUUUACUUGUUUUUACAAUGACUACAGUCUAUAGUUUGGCGUGUCCACUUAUUACACCUUUUGGAUUAUUGUAUAUGUGUAUUAAGCAUUUAGUUGAUCGGCAUAAUUUGUGUUUUGCGUAUGGUCCUAGUGUUGGGGGUGGUCAAUUAGCUAGUGCAGCAGCUAAUGCAGCAGGUGCAGCACCUGUUUUAGCUCAAGCUGCUCUAUUAGCACUUGGUUUAGUUCGAAGAGGUUUAUCACCUCUUGCAGCACUUCAACUCAGUGGUCUAGCUGCCAGUAUUUUAGGCCUUGUUACUGGUGCAACUUUGCCAACUUCCAAACCAAAAGCACAAGCAAUGAGACGAGAUUUAUCUAAUGGACAGAACUUUAUAGCGCCAGUAUUAAAGAAAACAUAUGGAGCUUAUGUAACAGAAGAGACAAUAUCCGUAGCUUCAAAUUCAGAAAUAACACUCUCAACUGAGGACAGUAACGUUUCAUCAAUACAAAAUAGUCCUAAACUUUAUCAAGACUAUGGUCGAGCUCCACAAGUGUGAACACACUUGAUAAACUUCCUUAAAAGUUCUCAACAUGUUUUGGCAGCAACCACCUGUGUUAUAGCUUUAAAUUAAUUUUUUGAAUUUUUAUGGAAAAUAAUGCAGAAAAACAAUUAUAAUUAUAAAUAAUUAUUUGAGGUAAGGUUGAUAUAUU